AUGUCAUAUACAAUGUAUAGAGAGACAACACUUGGUGCAGCAUUAACACAUACUCUAGAAGAGUUCGUGGAAGAAGGUUUGAUUAGUCGCACGCUAGCGACUAAGGUAUUAGUUGCAUUUGACGACAACAUCAAUAAAGCCUUAGCCUAUAAGGUUAAGAACAAGGUGCAGUUCAAAUCUGACAAACUCCUGGCUUAUCGUUACUGUGACAGUGUGUGGACAAUCAUAAUGAAAGGUGUCGAGUUUCACGAUGUUUUUUGGCCAGUGGCCCAUCGGGUUGAGAAAUUGAAAAUAGUCGCCUGUGAAGCUUUACCUCAUGCAACUGCAUCCCUGGCAGCCGUCCUAGAAAAUCAUCAGUAA